AUGAUGGAGGCAGAGGAGGGUAAGAUAUCGGUGUGGGUCUGCCGGGAGGAGAAGCUUGUCUUCGGCUUGUCAAAGCGCACAACCUGCGCGGAUCUCGUCAAAGUGCUUCUGGAGGACCAGGACUCACAGCAGCACGGCCUCUCCACGGCUGCAUGCCCACCGUCCUACUGCAUCGUGGAGAAAUGGAGAGGUUUCGAGAGGAUUUUACCAAACAAAACCAAGAUCCUGCGGCUUUGGUUCGCGUGGGGAGAGGAGCAGAGCAAUGUGAAGUUUGUGUUGGUGAAAAGCGAGGCGUCUCUGGCGAGCCACGGAGCCCGGAGCGCAGAGGCUCGAGUGGUGCUCAGCAGACACAGAGCCCGGGGUACCGAGGGGGGCAUCCCGCCCGAGAAACAGCGACGGGUCGUCAGGAAAGCCUUCAGAAAGUUGGAGAAGAUCAACAUAAAGAGCCGGGCGCAGAGAGACGCGUCCUCUGUGGAAAAGAUGGAAACUUUGGUCCAUCUUGUGAUUUCUCAGGAUCAUACAAUCCGCCAGCAGGUGGAGAGGAUCACAGAGCUGGACGCAGACAUCGAAAUGUGCGAGGCAAAGGUGCAUUUUGACAGAAUUCAAAGACACGGGGUUAAUUAUGUGCAGGACACGUACUCAGUGGAUGAUGCUGAUGCUGCUGCUGCUUCCAGCCCGGAUGGAGACAAAGUGAGUUCGGCGGAAACUCUUGCCAACUUUGAAGAGUAUGUCCGGCAGUGUGAGGAGGUGGUUAGACUACAAGAGGAGCUGGGGGAGCAGGAAGCCCUCAUAGACAUUUUCACGGUGCAGGUGCAGGAGGAGCUGAACCACCGCUGGAUGCAGAGGAGGAGAGAGCAGCAGCUGCACAGCGAAGACACAGAGCCAUCGGCAGAAAACGAGCUGUUUUUGGAAGAAGAGAGGAUCAGGACACAACUAGAGGCGAGUUUAUACGUCGGUCUGCGCCUCAACACGGAUUUAGAAGCUAUUAGGAGCGAUUUAGAGCUGACCCAGGAGAUUUGCGCAGCGAGGGAGAAGGAGAUGAGGGAUUUGCUGGCGAUGGUGAAAACUUUGGACAUAGAGGGAGGGACAGUCAGUGAGGAGAGAUGUAGCCACGGGACAGAUGACAAGAUGGGGAUGACGAGCACUUUGGAGAGGAGAAGCGAGUGGGUGGAGCAGGCCAGGGGUCUGUCCAAAGAUCACAGUGUGAACGACGACGACUCAGACACUGGCUUAAGUUCUCUGCACAGUCAGGACUCAGACAGCCUCCCUGUGUGGGAGUCACUGGUUUAA